CCGCCGCCGCCUCGGAUCCGGCUCUUUGCUCGCUUGCAAGGCCCGGCAGGAGCAGCGGGGAGGACCAGGAGGCGGCCAUGCCGAGCAAGAAGAAGAAAUACAACGCGCGCUUCCCGCCGGCCCGAAUCAAGAAGAUAAUGCAGACCGACGAAGAAAUCGGCAAGGUGGCCGCCGCUGUGCCGGUGAUCAUUUCUCGGGCUCUGGAGCUCUUUCUCGAAUCCUUACUGAAGAAGGCCUGCCACGUGACGCAGUCCAGAAACGCCAAGACCAUGACCACGUCGCAUCUGAAACAAUGCAUAGAGCUGGAACAACAGUUUGACUUCUUGAAGGACCUCGUUGCCUCCGUGCCGGAUAUGCAAGGAGAGGCGGAAGACAACCACAUGGAGGGGGAGAAGGUCUCCAGGAGGGGCCGGAGACCUGGCAGCGGGCGGAAGAACGGUGGCACGGCAGGGAAAGGAAGGGAUCCGAAGCAAUCCGGCACGGACUCGGAGCAAGAGGAUGACUCAGAAGACAGUGAGAGCAACGGAGAAGAGGAAGUCUCCCAGACGGUCCCCCCUGCACGAUCCGCCAUGCACCUCCCCACCGCUCCAGCCCCGUAUCUGCAUUUCACCUCCCCACCGGUUCCCACCGUCCCCCUGCCUGUCUCUGCCCCAACAGGGGUGAUGUCCGUGGUGCCCGCGCCGCUUGCGCCGGUCCAAGAAGACGAAGAGGAAGAUUACGACUCCUAACCCCCGUUCCCUUUUUCGCUGCUGCCACUUUGGGAGGGGGGGGUGGAAGGGAGG